AUGUUAGGGAGCAUCGAUUGCAUGCAUUGGCAGUGGAAGAACUGCCCAGUGGCGCAUGCCGGUCAAUUCACAAGGGGAGACAUCAAACACCCUACCAUAAUCUUAGAAGCCGUUGCGUCGUAUGAUCGUUGGAUCUGGCAUGCCUUUUUUGGAGUGGCCGGGUCCAACAACGACAUCAAUGUACUCAACCAGUCGCCGUUGUUCACUGAUGUGCUUAGGGGAGAAGCACCCAUAGUGAACUUCACGGUGAAUGGACACGAGUACAACUAUGGUUACUACCUUGCCGACGGCAUCUACCCCUCCUGGCCGGUGUUCAUGAAAGGUGUUACUCUUCCACAAAGUGAAAAGCAUCGACUGUUCACUGCUGCUCAAUCAGCUUGGCGCAAAGAUGUGGAGUGUGCCUUUGGAGUGCUGAAGGCUAGGUUCAACAUUCUAGCAAUUCCGGGACGCUCGUACUCGAGGCGUACUCUUGGGUUGAUCAUGCGUGCAUGUGUCAUUCUGCACAACAUGAUCAUCGACGAUGAGCGUGAUACAAAUUUGGAGAACAUCUAUGAGACAGUUGAUUCCAAUGUCGGCCCUGCGAUACACAACCAUGCACCACCAAGCCUAGCAGCCAGGAUUCAGAUGGACAACGAAAUGAGGGACUCACCGAUGUAUACACAGCUCCAGCAUGAUUUGAUUGAGCAUGUGUGGGCUAAUGCCUAG